AUUCAUUCAAGAGGCGGAUCGUCUGUCGUGGAGAGCGAGAGGAGGUGUUCUCGCGCGUUUCUUUACGGAACAUGGCAUAGAGAUCGUGUCCGAGUGAGAGCAGCUCGGGCCGUGUGAGAGCUGAUCAGCUGACCUGCAGCAUCCCUGACCGACGGUCUGCAGCUCUGACCAUCGACCUGCGCUCCCCGAGAGACGAGAACUCAGGAGACGGAGGAACUACAGCGCCAUGGCGGCAGAGAUCCAUCCCCGACCGCAGACAAGAAAACCCGUGCUGCUGAGUAAGAUCGAGGGUUUCCAAGAUGUUGUGAACACGGCUGUGAUCAUCCCCAAAGAGGACGGGGUUAUCAGUGUAUCUCAAGACAGGACAAUCCGCGUGUGGUUGAAGAGGGACAGUGGUCAGUACUGGCCUAGUGUGUUUCACACAAUGCCAGUGGCGUGCUCAUGUAUGUCAUUUAACCCAGAGACAAGGAGGAUCUCUGUAGGGUUGGAAAAUGGCACUGUAUCGGAGUUUGUCUUAUCGGAGGACUACAACCAAAUGAUUCCUGCACGAACAUAUCAGGCUCAUCAGGGUGGCGUGACCGUGGUGCUGUUUGUCUUAGAGAUGGAGUGGAUUCUAAGUACAGGACAGGACAAGAGCUUUACGUGGCACUGCUCCGAGAGCGGACAGCAGCUGGGCACAUACAGGACCACAGCAUGGGUGUCUGGACUACAAUUUGAUGUGGAAACCAGACAUGCCUUCGUUGGAGAUCAUUCCGGUCAAGUGACAAUCCUAAAGCUGGAGCAGGACAACUGCAGCCUGGUCACCACCUUUAAAGGCCACACGGGCAAUGUCACAGCCCUGUGUUGGGAUCCUGUGCAAAGGGUUUUAUUCUCUGGAAGUUCUGAUCAUUCUAUCAUCAUGUGGGACAUUGGAGGCCGCAAAGGCACAGCCAUUGAGCUCCAGGGACAUAAUGAUAAAGUGCAGGGUUUGUGUUACGCUCCUCACACCCGUCAGCUCAUUUCCUGUGGCUCAGAUGGAGGAAUAGUUAUCUGGAACAUGGACGUCACUCGACAAGAGACUCCGGAGUGGCUUGACAGUGACUCGUGUCAGAAAUGUGAACAGCCAUUCUUCUGGAAUUUUAAACAGAUGUGGGACAGUAAGAAAAUUGGCCUGCGACAGCAUCACUGCAGGAAGUGUGGCCAGGCCGUGUGUGGAAAGUGCUCCUCCAAACGCUCCACUAUUCCUCUGAUGGGAUUUGAGUUUGAGGUGCGGGUUUGUGACAGUUGUCACGACUCCAUAACAGAUGAGGAACGGGCACCCACUGCAACCUUCCAUGACAGUAAACACAGCAUCACACACAUGCAGUAUGAACCCACCAGGGGCUGGCUGCUCACCUCCGGGACAGACAAAAUCAUCAAGCUAUGGGACAUGACUCCAGUGGUAUCAUAGGAAUCCUGUGUAUCGUCUGAAGGCAGGAACAAAGAAUCAGCGCUGAACUGAACUGAACUGGGAAUCAUGUGUUUGUGGAAAAACAUUCAGAGUUCAGGUCACAUUCCAUGGGCAGCUUCAUCUCAAGGAUAUCCUGACACUGAACUGAGCAUGUGCAAUUGUAUGUAUUUGUGCAUGUGCACACGGGUUGUGGGAACAAACGUGUAAAUAUUGUCCAGUUUAAAUCUGCUUAGUUCAGGUUGUUUAUAUUGACAUAUACCAGUGUUGUUAUAGUGUCUGUGAAACUCUUUGCACUCAUUCUAUCCUCAUCGUAUGUCUUAUCCCAAAUGCAGAUGAAUCCUUGUUACACUGCAUCAAAGCAUGUUGGAACUGUUUUAUAUGCAAGUGCCUCUACCGCACCUCGAUCAGUGGUUUUUGGCAUGGGAAGAUAGUCUCUGCUAUUGCCUCCUGGGGCCCGUUUCACUAAGGCGGUUCAACCAACUCUGAGUUUAAACUUGAACUCUGAGUUGACUUAACCUGAGAUGGGUAACUCUGAGUUUUCGGUUACAGGACAGCUAAAAUGAGUUGGUUUAAUCAACUCUAAAUUGACUGACUCUGAGUUAAGCGCAUGCACCACAACUAUAAAAAGCCAUUAGCAAUGGAGCACCGAUAUUACGAUUCACCAUGGCAACAGUUCCCGACAAAAAGCCUUCUGCAUACUUCAGACUCAAUACAAGUGUAAUUCUUAUCACUGUUAUAAUAUCACAGGAUAAAACUGGCAGAACGUUAGAUUAAUUAACUAAUAGCUAAUCAUUUUAUGGUAUCUCAUGGGCAAAAAAUAUAUAUAAAAUAAUAAUAUUAAUAAUAAUAUUUUAAGUGCAAUUUUCUUAUUUUACAAAUGAUCUGCCAAUAGAGUAAGAAAAAUACGGCAGUGGCUAUUUACACAGUGUAAUUAACAUACUUUCUUAGCGAUAGAUCCUAUUUACAGUAGGCUAAGUGCAAGUAGGCCUAGAUGCUAUUUACAGAAAAAAUUUAGAGGGAAAAUCGUGAUAUAUUCUAUUUACCAUGUAAAAGUUGCAGUUCUUUGCAACAGGCUAAGUGUAAAUAAUAAUUAGAUGCUAGUUAUACUUUAUACUGGCAGAUACAUUUGCACCUCAGUAUUAUACAUCAACAGGAUUCAAUAAUAACCGAUUGUAAAUGAUUAUAUUGAAAAUAAAUUCUAAUGUGACGUGAUGGGAAAAGUGAAAAGAACAAGUACGGCAAAAGCUGGACUCCAACCCAAUCAAUCGCGUCACAAGCUAGUUACAAGCACUCAGUAAGAAGAGCAUUUUUCAAGCGUGCAUCAAUGAAGUGUUUAAAAAGGGGGAGGAGACCGAAAGAAACUCUGGGUUUAUCGAAGAAAACCUGCUCCUGACCAGGUUAGGUUCAUGGAGUAAGUUAUUACGGUUACUGACUCUGAGUAUAAGUUACCUCUCUUUCAGAAACGGGCUUGACUUACCCUGCUUUCUCGGGUUUGACAAACCUCCCAUUCUGAAAUGGAAAACCUAGAGUUUCCCUCAUUUCAGGGUUAACAUACUCAGAGUUUUCACUUAACCUCCUUUGUGAAACGGGCCCCUGGUCAUUUAUUUGACUUUUUAAAUGUAAACACUUAGUUUUAAUGGUGUUUUAAUACUUAAAUACGGUAUUUCAUUCAUUCAUUGGUUCAGACAAUAUUAUGGUGGUGGUUUAAAACUAUUUAAAACAUAUUUGUACUGUAAGUUGGGAAUUGUUAAUAGUUCAUUGUACAGCUCACAGUGAGCUCACAGGGUAUGGAUAAAUAAAACAACAGGAAUGGCACUAAAUAAAGAUGCUUUACUUUGUAACUGUGUAAUUGCAAAUGUGACCCUGGACCACAAAACCAAAAAAAAAAAAAGAGGCAAUUUUUUAAAAUUUAGAUUUAAACAUAAUCAAAUGCUGAAUUAUUAAGCUUCCCAUUGGUGUAUGGUUUGUUUGGAUAUGACAAUAUUUGGCCGAGAUAUAACUAUCUUAAAAUCUGGAAUCUGAGGGUGCAGAAAAAUGCCUUUAAAGUUGUCCAGAUGAAGUUCUUAGCAAUGUAUAUUACUAUUAAAAAAUUAAGUUAUGAUGUAUUUGCAGUUGGAAAUUUACUAAAUAUCUUCAUGGAACAUAAUAUAUCCUUAUCUUAAUAUCCAAAUGAUGUUUACUAUAAAAGAAAAAUCAAUAAUUUUGACCCUUGCAAUGUUUUGUAGGCUAUUGCUACAAACAUACCUCUGUGACUUAUUACUGGUUUUGUGGUCCAGGAUCACAAAUGUGAAGAUUUGAUUGCCUAUUAGCUUUUAAAAAUGACCAAUUAAAAUAUAUAUAUAUAUAAUUUUAAAGUAUACAUCCAUUUAAAGUUUUUUGUGUUUUUGAAGAGUCUCUUAAGCUCGACAAGGCUGCAUUCAUUUGAUCAAAAAUACAGUAAAAACAGUAAUACUGUGAACUGUUUACAGUUUCCUAUUUGAAUAUAUUUUAAAAUAUAUUCUCUUGAUAGCAAAGCUGAAUUUUCAGAAGUCUUCAGUGUCACAUGACUCUUCAGAAAUAAUUCUAAUUGCUGUUCUAGUUGCUUAGAUAACAUCGUAAUAAAAACAGCAAUUGCUGCUUAAUAUUUAUGAGGAAAUAGUGAUACAUUUUGCGAGAUUCUUUGAUGAAGAAAAAAAACAUUUUGUAACAAAAAAAAAAAAAAUGCAUAAAAGUCUUACUGACCCCAGAUGUUUUGAACUGUAGUGUAAGUAAUAACUGGAGAGAAAAUCUUUAUUCAUUUUGAAAUGAAAGUACUGUUUGUUUGUUUUUUGUCACUGGAGCAACACUGUUAUUCUUUUACUGUUUGUAAUGGUUCUUUGAUUCUAUAAAUAAAACCCAUUUCAAGUC